GUUAAAAAAACAAUAUGGAGGGCGUGAAUUUCGACCCCAUGGAACAUACACUCCUGGGCGAGGACUCUCGUUCGGUGGUGAGCCGCUUCCAGCAGCGCUACUGGAAAACCAAGCAGACGCUCAUCAGGGUGAGCGGCAAGAAGGAGGAUCAGCACGUGGUGGCCUCAGACGCCGAGCUGGACGCCAAACUGGAGGUUUUUCACUCCAUCCAGAGGACAUGCAUGGAGCUGCUGAAGGUGAUCGAGCAGUAUCAGAGGAGGAUCUGCUUUCUUUCCCAGGAGGAGAACGAGCUGGGUCGCUUCCUGCGCUCUCAGGGCUCUCAGGACAAAAGCCGAGCGGGAAAGAUCAUGCAGGCCACGGGCAAAGCGCUCUGUUUCUCCUCCCAGCAAAGACCGGCGCUGACGAAGCCCCUGUGCCGCCUGUACCAGGAGGUGGAGACGUUCCGCUUCCAGGCCAUCUCGGACACGUGGCUGACGGUCAAGCGCAUGGAGCAGAGUCGCACCGAGUACAGAGGAGCCCUGCUGUGGAUGAAGGACGUCUCCGCCGAACUGGACCCGGACACGUGCAAGCAGAUGGACAAGUUUCGUAAGGUUCAGGCGGAGGUCCGCUGCACCAAGCGCAGCUUUGACCAGCUGAAGAUGGACGUGUGCCAGAAGGUGGACCUGCUGGGAGCCAGUCGCUGCAACCUGCUGUCCCACGUGCUGGCCACCUACCAGACCACUUUACUGCAUUUCUGGAAGAAAACGUCUCACACCAUGGCCGCCAUUCACGAGAACUUCAAGGGCUGCCUGCGCCACGAGGGGCCAUCAAGGGAGAAGAAGAAGAGGAGAAGGAAGAAAAGUCAAGCGGAGAAAAAAGACGACGACGAGGUCCCACCGGAAGAUCUGGCAUCGCUGGCGAAUGGCACCAGUGGCGGUACAACAAGAGAAGGUCGAGUGUUUCUCUUUUGGUACCAACAUCCUUCUUUGUAUGUUAAAGGAGAACCGCGUGAAUCAUCGUCGGAGCUUCCGGAGGAGGACAAGGACAGUUCGGCCCUGCUGGAGGAGAUCUUGGGAGGCUUGUCGCUCCACGAGCCCGCCCCCUUGUGCCGACAGUGGAGCCCGGUGUUCGGCGACGCCCCAGCAGAUGGGAACGCCGCAGCGGCAGACCCCCGCUCGCUAUUUCUACCUUCUCAGCUUCUGGACCUCAACUUGAAGACGCUGCUAGAAGAUGGAGCCGGGAGCACUUUGCAGCCUGUCGCCGCGGCAACAGAGCAACCCCAAGGAGCCGGUGGAUUAAAAGCAGCGAGCUGUUCCGGUCCGUCCAAGGACACGUUGGCGUGGUUCAACCUGUUUGCAGACUUGGACCCUCUGGCCAACCCGGACGCGGUCGGCAAUAGCCACACCGAGCAACAACUUCACAAUGCUUAGUUAGCUACAGUAGCCAGCCAUCCACACUUGCCUGCGAGCUUCCAACCAAGCCAACAUUCAAGGGAUUUCAUCUGCACUUCCUGUUAAUGGUGAAAAAUGCAAACAGAAUGUGACCAAAAUGAGCUUCAGACUGGAUCUUAAAUGCGCACAUUAUUUUCCCAGUCAGCAAAGGCAUCUGGCCCGGAUUCGGGAUGAAGCUGGCACUGGCAUAAUGUAUGUGGGCCGAACACGGCCCAGGAGUGGCAAAGAAGACACUGGCUUGACUCUGGCAAACUUAUAACUCCGGCCCGUAUAUGGCCAGCCAGUAUUGAGCCACCCUUAAAUGCAGUUCAGAUUUAUUUUUUCAACACACAGCCUUGUUUUACAAUUUUACACCAAUUCGAAAUUCCAUUCAUUACACACACACACACACACACACACACACACACACACACACACACACACACACACACACACACACACACGUGAGGUUUAAUCAGGCCCGCAGGAUAAUUUAAAAAUGCAUAAAAGACACAGAAUUAAUAUUUUUAAUAAGGUGCAAUUUAUUGAGUAUCCGCUAGGGAACACAGUUUUGACCAGAGAAGAAGACAACAGCAGCCUCAGUCCGUCACUGAGACAGACCCAUGACAGCAGACGCUAUCAGUAGCACUCUUACAUUCAUUCAUUCAUUCAUCUUCUGAGCUGCUUGAUCCUCACCAGGGUCGCGGGGGGUGCUGGAGCCUAUCCCAGCGGGGGACACCCUGAAUCGGUUGCCAGCCAAUCGCAGGGCACACAGAAACGAACAACCAUUCGCACUCACACUCACAACUAGGGACAAUUUAGAGUGUUCAAUCAGCCUGCCACGCAUGUUUUUGGAAUGUGGGAGGAAACCGGAGCACCCGGAGAAAACCCACGCAGGCCCGGGGAGAACAUGCAAACUCCACACAGGGAGGCCGGAGCUGGAAUCGAACCCGGUACCUCUGCACCGUGAAGCCGACGUGCUAACCACUGGACUACCGGGCCGCCCCACUCUUACAUUUACACAUUUAAUAGCACUCUCCUUAGUUUGUAAGGUGUAAGCAGGGAUUACAUUUAGAUUUUAUAUGCACGUGUAAAUGGUUUAAAACUUCCUUUCUUUAUAAAUCUUGUUUAAUCAUAAAGUGCAUAACUAUAUUUUUCAAUACCAAUUACUUGUUAAAGUUUGUACAAUCAAUGGGAUCAGUUGCAAUGCAUAUAUCUGAAUGAUAAAAGUAAAUUGCACAUUUGUUGAAGGAAAUGUAAGGUGCUUCAUGAAAUGUUUUGUCAAAGAUACGUUCAUUAAAUGUUAACAUUUUCACAAA